GUUAAUGAUUCAGUGGGAGAGAUUGAGAGAAAGUGAGGGAGAGAGAGAGAAAGAGAGAGCGUCACACACAUUCUGUGCUCGAGUCGUCUCUCUUUCUCUUCUCUUUCAUCUGGGCUUCUGAGCUUUUAUAAUGGAGAAGAUCCAGGAAGGCCCUGAAAACGACCGCAAGGAGCAACGAGUGCCACAAAAACAGCGUUUGACAGGCUGUUUGCUAAGUGCGGCCUUUUUUGGAGCUCUGGGAUCCUCCUUCCUGUAUGGCUACAAUCUAUCUGUGGUCAACGCCCCUGCGCAGGAUAUAAAGGCGUUCUAUAACUCGACGUGGCUGAGCCGUUAUGGGGAACCUGCAGCAGCAGAGACCCUCACUCUGCUUUGGUCAGUCACAGUGUCCAUUUUUGCUAUAGGUGGCCUUGUGGGAGCACUCGUGGUUUCAUUCCUCAUUAAAGUGCUGGGCAGAAAGGGCACUCUUCUGGCGAACAAUAGCCUGGCGGUGAUCGCUGCACUCCUUCUGGCUCUGGGAGAGAAGGCUAGAUCAUUUGAAAUGCUGAUUAUUGGCCGGUUCAUCAUUGGCAUGGAUUCAGGAAUAUCUCUCAGCGCUUUGCCGAUGUAUCUGGGAGAGAUUUCUCCCCGGGAGUGGCGCGGUUCCAUCGGCCAGUUCAACGCUGUCUUCAUCUGUCUCGGAGUCUUUAUUGGACAGCUGCUCGGUCUGCCCGAGAUAUUUGGACACGUGGGUAGGUGGAACUUCCUGUUUGCCUUCUUGGCAGUUCCCGCGCUUCUUCAGCUGUGCAUUUUGCCGUUUCUACCGGAGAGCCCACGAUUCCUGCUGAUGGAACGCCGAGAUGAGGCUCGUGCUGAAAAAGCGUUUAAGGCCUUCCUGGGUAAGACGGAUGUUUCUGCUGAGCUGGAGGAGGUGCAUGCGGAGAGCAGGGCUCAGAACACACUGCAGAUGGCUUCAGCUCUGGAGCUUUUCAGGAACAGAGCCGUGCGUUGGCAAACCAUCACUGUCAUUGUCACCAUGGCCUGCUACCAGCUAUGUGGCCUCAAUGCCAUUUGGUAUUACACCAAUGGGAUUUUUGAAGCCGCAGGAUUCAACAAGGCCAUGAUUCCCUACAUCACCCUCAGCACCGGAGGCAUCGAGACACUGGCUGCCAUCGUAUCAGGUCUGGUGAUUGAGCGUGUUGGAAGGAAGCCCUUGUUGAUUUUUGGUUUUUCGGCGAUGGCUGUGUGUUUUAGUCUCCUUACUAUCUUCCUGCAUUUCCAGGACAGUUUCUCGUGGAUGCCGUAUCUAAGCUUCAUCUCCAUAUUGGCUGUGAUUGCUUCAUUCUGCUCUGGCCCAGGUGGGAUUCCCUUUGUACUGACUGGUGAGUUAUUUGAACAGUCUUACCGUCCGGCCGCAUUUAUGGUUGCUGGAGUGGUCAACUGGCUCUCAAACUUCGCUGUGGGCCUCCUCUUCCCUUUCAUACAGAAUGCACUCCAGACUUACGCCUUCAUGGUCUUCGUGGUGGUGUGUGUCCUCGGAGCCAUCUACCUCCUCAUUGUCCUCCCGGAGACCAAAAACAAGACAUUUGUGGAGAUCAGCCAGAGCUUUUCUAAGAUUAAUAAAAUCUCCCAGAUGCCUGAUAAAGAGAUGGAGGAUGUUCUUGCUGUUAAACCAGGACAGGUAGAGAUCGGCAAUGGACUGAAAGGCAAAACUGCUAACAGUGUCAGUGACAUUAACACCAAAGACAGCAACACAGUAGAGAUGGAGAGCUCCUUCUGAUCCUCAAAUAAAUCCCUUUUUAAUUUUUGAGAUAACUUUUGUAACAUCAUGCUUUUCUAUUUGUAAGAUUUAUUGAAAUGAUACAGUAUGACGUUUACAGCAAUGUGCAGGUAAAAUAAUUUUAUACAUUUAUGUACUGGGUCAGUAAAUGCAUUGGGACAGUAUGUGUCCUGUAUGUGCCAUAACUCAAUAAAGAGCCAGUUAGAUCUGCCAGUACAUUUUAUAUCUGCCCUGUCUGCCUUGUUGUCAAUAUGACAUAAUCUAAGGGUAUUACACAACUGAACUUUACUGCUUAGCAUGCUACCUGAAUAAAAUGUAUUUCAUACAAAGUGAA